AUGCCCAGACAAACAAGAGGUACUGGACCUCCUAGGGUUGCGGCAACCGGACUGAAUGGUGUCCUAUUAACUCGGUCUACAGGUGCAGUUCAGACUGAAGGAGCUUUUGUCAGGGGAGGAAAAGGAGGAAGUGGUGCUUCCCAAGGAGCGGUUUUUGGAGCAGCUCUCGGGAUGACGUUGGGUAGUAGCGGAGUAUAA